CGGCAGCAUGUGGGGGGCGGCCGAUGCGGUGUGCAGCUGUCUUGACGGGGCAUGGAUGGAGAUGUGAUCACAACUGUAGCUGGUUUCGAGUCCACUAAUGACCUUUAAGCACAGUGCCAAGGCCUUGAACCGACACUGAAAAUGUGCUGGGAGAACAGUGGUGAUGUACAUGAGGUUGUCCAUUCCAGUUAGGAGUUCCAGAUUUUCAGCCUUCGCAAGUCUUCUCGUUGAUGAUUUCUGCAAAGUAGAAUGAAUGCUCUGCCAGUGGUUGGUGCUUGAGUACAAUGUUUGGAUUAAUGGAAAUGCUUCAAAGAGCAUCAGAAGAAUUCUCUCCAAAGAUGGAGAUUCCUGAGGAGGAGAUGGAUACAACUGAUACCCAAUGGGGCUGGUUUUACUUGGCUGAAUGUGGCAAAUGGCAUAUGUUUCAGACUGAUUCAAACACUCAGUGUUCAGUUAGCAGUGAAGACAUUGAAAGGAGCUUCAAAAUGAAUCCAGAAGGCUCUGUUUCUUUUACUACUGCAAAAUUUAACUACAAGUUAGACUUUUCAGUGAUGAAGCAAACCAAUCUGACUACUGGAAAACAGCGUCCAAUAAAGCGAGCUCCCUUUUCUAUCAGUGCUUUCAGUUAUAUCUGUGAAAAUGAGGCUAUCCCAAUGCCUUCACACUGGGAGAAUGUAAAUACAGAGGAACCGUAUCAGCUUAUUCCUUUGCAAAAACAAACAAAUGAAUAUAAUGAAGUUUCUAGUCUCUUUGGGAAAACAAUGGAUAGCAACCGAAUUAAAAGAAUUCAGAGAAUUCAAAAUCUAGACUUGUGGGAGUUUUUUUGCAGGAAAAAAGCUCAGCUAAAGAAGAGAAGAGGUGUCCCUACCAUUAAUGAACACAUGUUAUUUCAUGGUACCAGCAAUGAAUUUGUAGAAGCAAUAUGCAUUCAUAACUUUGACUGGAGAAUAAAUGGUAUGCAUGCUGCUGUGUAUGGAAAAGGGACCUAUUUUGCAAGAGAUGCAUCGUACUCCAGUCGUUUCUGCAAAGACGAUAUGAAGCAUGGAGACACGUUUCAAAUCCAUGGUGUCAAUCUGCAACAUCAUGUGUUCAGAAUGUAUAAAGUUAUGUUUCUUGCUCGUGUUUUAACUGGAGACUAUGUCAUCGGAGAUUCCAAAUACAUGAGACCUCCUUCAAAAGAUGGGAGCUUUGUGAACUUAUUCGACAGCUGCGUGGAUAGUACUUGGAAUCCAAAGAUCUUUGUUAUCUUUGAUACCAACCAAAUCUACCCUGAAUAUUUAAUAGAGUUCUGUUAAGUUUUGCAAGGAGCCAAACUGAAUAUUAGGUUGGUUGUGAUGGAUGGUCAGUAUGUCUUUGCGAAGGAAAUAUAACUUACAAUUCUUUUUUAAAUACACGGUGGUGAACAGGGAUGGAGAUGUGAAGGAAAAUCUGGCUUACAUCUGUAAAAUCCUUUUGGCUUAAGGUUGGUUGUCCAUCUGUUAGUCCUGUAAAUAAACGUUGAUGCUUUUCAUAUUUAGGGUUUAUAAAAAAAUUUAAUAUGGCUUAGCUGAGCCUUAAUUAAAUUGGACAUUUAAUGUCUUCAAAGAAUUCUUACUGCUAUACAUUUUUAAAAAUAAUACAUAUGUAUUUAUCUAUGUGUAAAAUAUAUAUUUAUGCGUAUGAUACAGUAUGUGUACAGAUGAAUAAUCUUUUAUAAAGAUUUUAUUUAUAAUUUUACAAAAUGCAGGGGGCUUAAUAGUUAUUGGUAUAUUGCAGUAUGUAUUACUUGUAGAUUGGAGUUUAAAUCUACAGAACAAUCCGUCUAGGGAAAGCAAAGGUCUGGAAUCCUAGAAUAUCAGGGUUGGAAGGAACCUCAGGAGGUCAUCUAGUCCAACCCCCUGCUCAAAGCAGGACCAAGCCCCAGUCAGAUUUUUGCCCCAGAUCCCUAAAUGGCCCCCUCAGGGAUUGAGCUUACAAUCCUGGGUUUAGCAGGCUAAUGCUCAAACCACUGAGCUGAACCAGCUACUAGGACUAAAUCUAGGUCUCAUUCUGCUUCAAGCAACCUUGCAAUAAUGCUGUGCAACCUGUAAGUUGAAGUCUGGUUGUGACAGAAUAAUAUACCUGACAGCAGUUGUGGUCAGUAACUAGGUAGGUAUUUAGCCCUCGAGUCCUCUGCUAGGAUCUCUUAUGUGAUCUAUAGAAUUGUUGUUUAAUAGUAAAAUGUGUUUUUUGUCAUCUCCCCUCCCUCCCUUUGAAAAUUGUGUGUGUGUGUGUGUGUGUAUGUAGCCGGCUUCUGUUUGUAUGCUACUGUCUUUCUAUAGCUUGGCUGGAAUUUUAAGAUGCACUCGAUGUUGACAUGACUCUACUUCCAUUGAAGUUGAUGGUAAUACUCUAUUGAAUUCAAUGGAAAAAAGAAUUAAACCAAAAUGAAGGGCUUCUAAAAAUUCCAUCCCUUAAUUUUUCCCUAUGUUUCAUGACUGGUUUUAGUAAUACUUGUAUGUGCUGUUUUUAUGUAAACCAAGUUUUCUUUCCAUUUGCAUAGAUGCAGAGUAUGGACUGUUUUUGCCAGGUAGAAUCUGAUUGGGGAGGAGAAGAGGGACCAGAAGAAAGAUCAGAAAGACCUAAACUCCCGAAGAAGGGGGACUGAGGUGUUAAAUGAGUAAAAACACAUUGGCCUUCCCUCAUGAGACUGCCUCUUUGGAUCCCUCCUCUUGGAUUCUUGCCCUGUCACACAGACCUUAGAUAUACUCAAAGUUGUGUUAGCUUUCUGGCAUGGGAGGGAGCAUAUUACUGCACAUGCACAGCCUGGCAUUAUGACCCAGCUAAUAGAGACAUGUAUCCCCUCCUCCCUAAGUCCUUUAUCUGUGUCUGUUCAUGGACUCUUGCAGUCACACCACAUGUUGGUUAUUUGUGUUCUUUGAAAUUUCUGCGAAACUUUUCCUUGACUUAUCUUCUUCAGCUGUUCAGGGCAGGGACUGUGGCUUCCUUUGUGCUUGUACAGUACCUAUCACAAUGGCCUCCUGAGUGGGAUCUCUGGGUGUUAUUGCAAUGAUAACCGGUGAUUGGUGCUAUAGAACGGUAAACCUUCACUAAUCCACAAGCCUUGUAAUACACGCAUGCACACACAUUAAGGCGACAUCUACACUGUGAGCUAGGUGUGUGAGUCCCCUGCUCAUGUGUACAUACUUGAGCUAGCAUGAGUAUAAAUAGCAGUGUAGCUGUGGUAGCAUGGGUAGCAGCCAUGGAGGAAUGACUAAGCCAUCCCAGUGUGAGUAUGUGUACACAAGCAGAGGGAAUCACCCCUAAGUUGUAGUGAACCCUCCCGACUUCUCAUCAGAGACUUACUAGCAAAUGUGGUAGGGUGUCCUCAGACUAAGUCCUCUUUAUUUUUAUAAAAUAUUCUACAAUACAUGUACUUCGACAUUAUGAAAUUAUAAGAAGUCAAAAUAAAAAAAGUUGUACCCUUUUGUUUGUUCACUCACUAAUUUCCAAAAUCCAGUAAUUAUUUUCCUCACAUUUAUUAGACUCAUCUCAAGCUCUUCAGCUGGUGGGGCUAAGAUAGGUUCCUCUGGCACCUUGAAAUGGUCUAUAAAGAAUGCCUGUGGUACCAGUUAAAUCUGCUCACUCCCUUUCCUCUGGCUGUGACUCUUCAGCAAUCUUUGUACCCAGCACCUUGGUACUGUCCCUUUUAGUGGCUUUGCCCUAUUUGACACAGUGACUUAUCUGUGAGCCCGGUACCAGAGUCCCCCUGGCUAGCUCAUAUGUCAGCAGUACGACUAGGCCUUCGGUCACUGAAAUCACAGUACCAUGUACAGCUGUUGAGACAUCUGUGCCAUCUACUUCCCCUAUACAGGUAGAAAGGGUGCAGGAAUGCUAUAGUACAGUGGUCUCCGAAGUGGGGUGCGCGGCAGGAGGAGCGUUGUUGUUGGGUUUUUGUUUUUGUUUUUGUUUUUUGCUUCGUCAUGCGGGAGUCUGAGCGGCCUUUUUUUUUUUUUUCCCUUUGGCACGGCAGGGGGUUCGUGCUCAAAAAAUUUUUACUGAUAGAGGUGCGCAAUCAAAAAAGUUUGGAGACCACUGCUAUAGUACACCAAGAAGGGUAGCUGUGCCCUUGGAGGAGGUGGAUUCCUUUUCAUCUUCAUUGGGAUAUAGUAAAGAUACAUCUGUUCAUCCCUCUUCCCUUCCAGAGGCACCACCUUGGAAGUCAGGGAGGGAUUCCAGGGGCUGCUCUUUGAGCAGCAAAAAUAAGAAUUAAGUUCUUGGCAUCCUGAUUUUUCUUAGGUUACGGCAGAGAGUAAAUUCCACUCACUUCACAUGUCAUUUAUAGGACUUGUCUACUCUUCAUCUAAAAGACAAAGUAAAAAGGCCUGUGUUUUUAAGUACAGGCUGCAGUAGCGGUCAGCUGGUUCAGCAAAUGUAAGUUGAAUAAUGAGAUUCAAAAUGCCAGAUGGUCUUGCUGGCUAAUACACAUCUUAAAUGCAUCUGGUGAUGGUGAGGAGCACCUUGUAUCUCUAUCAGCAAUACUGUCACCAGACGAACAACUCUUUUGGAAUAAUAUUGUAUUAAAUUUUUCAUUUUAAAAAGAUUACAGAUUUUAAACAAGUCAAAUGAGCCAGAAUAAAUAGAGGGUGAAGUGUGGCUCUGUAUAGAGACCUGGAUUUGAACUGGGAGACAGGGCUUAGUUCCAGUACCUGCCAUUGAUGUGAUGUGUAACCUUGGACAAGUCACUUCACUUCUAUGUCUGUUUCCCUCCAUCUUUUGUGUCUCAUCUGUUUAUAAGCUCUUUGGAGCAAGGAUUGUCUAAUGUAUAGUUCCUAGCACAACACACCAUUGUACAAAACAAAAAUACAGGUACAGACUGCAUUAUUGUGAGAAGAGUAUUUAGGUCUUCAGAUGAUCUUUGCAAUAAUUGAACAGCUGGCAAAUUGUUCAGAAAUCAUCUAAUGUUAAUCAUCAGCUAGGGAUAGUCUCAGGAAGUAAUUUUAAGUCCCCAACAGAAGUUUGAGAAUCAACUAGACAUGUCCCAGAAAGAGAACAUGGGGUAUGUUUUAUGUCAAGGUCAAUACUUAUUAACCAGUGAGCGUGACUUUUAAAAAGCUUUGUCAUGUAAUGUGGCUGCCUUAAAUUUUUAUAAAUACAAAAAAAAAAAAUCAGUGUUGUAUUAAUACUUAGCCCUUUGAAGAUCUAAAGUGCUGUCUACAUGUCAACAUAAUUACUUUUCUUUUUCUUUAAGUAGUGGCUCCAGACUGAGUUUUGACAUAGAAGAAAGUUUAGUGAAAGAAAUGUGACCCAAAGCAAAAACGUGUGGGGUAAGGACUGAGGGGAAGACUAAGUGGAGAAGCAAAACUGAAGAAACAAAGCUUUGAAUAGUGGAUGUGAAAGUCAACUAAAGACUGGGGUGGGGAGUGUAAUGAAAAAAAGUGUCUCCACCUUCUGUGCAGGCUUCCUCAAUGCUCAGCUCCUACCCAGUAUGCUCUGCUGGAGAUGGAGCGUGGCACUGAGAGCCAGGAAGCCUGAUGUGGGUCACACUCCCUCUCUGACCCCUCUGAGUCAGGUAAAGGGCUCAGAGUAGUGUAAAGAGAUUCUAAAAGCCUUUGAUCUGACUAGCAGAGAGUUCUCCCAGGGCAGGAACGGAGGAAGAUAGUGAUAGACCUCCUUGCAAGCCCUCAUAUAAGAGUGGGGGCUGGGCCAAAAUACACAAUGGUGUGUAGCUUUUGGGCAGCACUGGCGUCCCUGGGCAAUUGGGGUUAGGUUGCCAUAACUUCGCGCGCACACACAUACAGUCUAAAUUAUACUGGGUGCCUGUUGGGUCCCUGCAACAGCCCAAAACUGGGAACACUGAAAGCCGUUUUAUCCCCACUCACCCUGGGGUGUGAGUUCUGAGCUGGGCAACAUGCCUAUGACAUAAUUACAAUACCUGUUUUAUCACCUUGUCAUAAUUGACCAGUCAACACUGCUGAGAAAAGUUCUGUUUUAUAUUCGGGAAGUCAGAGCAAUCAGGAUGAUAUUGUUCCAAAUAUUUCUGCUUUCAGACAGGCCAGUUCUACUCACCUAUGCAUGACGCUAUUUGGAGAACAUAUUGUUCAGAGCUUAAAUAUUUAGCUUCUGUGGUUGUACAGUGCAAUGGAUUAGGUUGGUCUUUAGGCAUUCAUGUAAUAAACAUGAUUAAUAACAGACCCCAAUAUAAUGAACUUCCUCCUGCUGUUUUGAAAAAAGUCUCUAUCAAAGAAGUUGGUAAGAUUGUCAGUUUCCCUCUGACCCAUAAGCCCUUUAACAAAUAAAUUGCAUUGUAGAGAAAGUAUCUCCCUGAAAUAUCUUAUAGCACCUUUCAUUUAAAGGUCUCAAACCACUUUACAAACAUUGACUGACAACCUUACUAAAGGUCCUAUAAGGUAGGCAAAUACUAGAGCAAGAGAGAACCUUCUGCUAUCUCUGCAAUGCUACCGUUUCUGGGGUAGAAUACAGCACCCAUCUAACCGUGCACAGCAGUACUUUACAAGGGGAAUUUAGCUAGGCGAUAUGUAAUUAUGUGUAUUGAAUUUUGUCUGAGACACCUUUUCUCUUAAGAAAUUUUUUCCAAGAUCCCUAAUUACAAUAUAUUGGCAAGACCUUGGCUUUAUGUCUUAUCGAAAGGACAGCACCUCUAGCACUACAUCGUGUGCUACAAUGAAGUUGGGGUUCAGUACAGGCUUUGAGGGAAGUGUACCACUUAGUGAAUGACUGAUACUGCCUCCUGUAGCUAGGUUUUCCUAGAAUCCAUUCUAUCCAAAUGCUAAUCCAGUUUAGUUUGAAAAAUCUGAAGGGGUAUAGUUGCAAAGUGAGACAUGAAUGAGAAAAUGUACAUACAUUUUUUCAGCUUCCAGUGGGAGUCUUUUCAUUAACUUCAGAGGGAGUCUGAUUGGGCCUGAAGAGAAGGGGAUCAGAGUAGCAUGGAAGAAAUGACUAACAAACUAGGUGACAUACAAAGAGGGAACAUUCAGCUUUUUUUAGCAUUAAGAGGGGGAAUAAAUAAGCCACAGUAGAUCAGAUGGUUAAUGUCAUUUUGCUUUGAAAAACUCAAGUGGGAGCAAGCAGUGUUUUCGAGCACCCAGAAGCAUAAGGUACUGAGGGCACUGAGCAUUAGAUGGUGGGAGACAAAAGGCGAUAGCUUCAGGAAGGGACACAAGAUAAAGCACACUUUAAAGGUCCUGAUUUUUAAGCUGUUGAUUUGCACAAACUUACACUGUAUGUUAAUCCAUGUUCUUUAUGAUUCUGAAAAGAAGUGCCAGUUUAUGCAGUAGUCCUAAUUAACUGCACAAUCUUGUGCCAGUUUUGACUAAUUGCAAUACAAGGUUUUUUAAAAAGAACAAAACACUUUCUAAUCCAAAUCAGUGUAUUGAAUCUUUUUCAUGGUUAUUUAUUUUUUGUACAUUAAAGACUGAUUGAUUUUAA